ACACGCGCUUUCCUGACCCCAGAACGAAGAUGGCGACUUCGGCAGCGAGUCGGACGGCGAGCGGGGCUGUCCGGGUCGUCAAGCCGAUUUUCAGUCGGGAUUUGGAAGAGGCGAAGCGGCGUGUCCGGGAGCUGUACCGAGCCUGGUACCGAGAAAUUCCUAACACAGGUAAGAGAGGCUUGGAGGCGGACGGGCCCAAGGACGCCGCCAGGAGGGCCGCCAGCGCCGUGUUCCAGACGGCCUCCGACCUGAAGAAGCGCAUCACGGACUCUGUCUGUGUGUCGCAGGGGAAGAUGGAGCUGCAGGAGACCAUCAAGGUGUGGAAGCAGAGGACACACAUCAUGCGCUUCUUCCACGAGACGGAGACACCAAGGCCCACCGACUUCCUGUCCAAAUUCUACUCGGGUCACGACCCCUGAGUGCCCCCUGUUCGCCGGCUGUAAAUACCCCCGCGCUCUCUCGCCCUCCCCCUCCGCCGGCCUGGUGCUGUUCACAGCAGCCUGUCUGGGUGUGGAACCUUCAAUAAAACAUGACGAGUUCGAGAAUAA